AUGCGAACGAGCACCUUGCGAUGCACUCUUUUCGAUGCCUGUUAUGUGAUCAACCUAGACCGUCGCCCCGAUCGCUGGGCGCACAUUUCAUCCGAAAUUCGGAAGCGCCGUUUGAGCAAAUUUUUCCAACCAGGCGUCUCCGUCACCCGGGUGAGCGGGAUUGACGGCUCCUCGUUAGACGUGGCGGAGCUGCAUGCCUCCGGUGCGAUCACGGAGCUUGGGUAUCAGCGCUUUUUACUUCCCGUGGAGGAAAAACUCUUCGGGAUGGAUCUCACGCCCGGCGCGGUCGGCUGCGCGCUCAGUCAUCGCGCGGUCUGGGAAAAGGUCGUGGCGGCGAAGCAGACGGCCGCGCUCAUCCUGGAGGAUGAUGCGGAGUUCAACCCCAAGUUACCCCGGCAGUUGGCGGAGCUCUGGGGGAGGAUUCCGGCGGAUUGGGGGGUUGUUUACCUCGGGGGGUUGGAUUUACUCGCGCAGGGAAAACCCCCUCGUCCGUUCAUCGCGGAGGGUAUUCGUCGGGCGUAUCAGGGGCAUCGUGAGCUCACCGCCUACGUGGUGCACGAGAAGUCGGCGCAGCGCUGCCUGGAGCUCUCCCGCGCGAUGACGUGGCAAAUUGAUACCCACAUCACGAGUGAAACGAAGGAUGAGUCGGCGAGCAAGGAUGCGUUCAUUGCGGAUCCCAUGUCGUAUGUGUUUCAGCCCGCGAUGGCGAUUCAGGUGACCUCGUUCGGCACUGAUGCGCAGAAGAAGCCUUCGGAUAGCCCGGCAUUGGAAGAUGCCUCGCGGCGAAUGCGAGAAUUUGUUGAAUGCGGUACUUCUCUUCGCUGA